UAUAGGGUUUACAGCCCCAGCAGCAAAGCCAAGAAGCCGCGUCCCCAGCCCCGGGAAUAACCGAAGGCUGAAUUCACCGGCACGGAGUGAGGGAUCUGCCCCGUCCCCCUCCUUCCCCUUGACGCGUACCCCGCAAGAGCUGCUGCUGCGCCAAGGCAUGGCUGAGGGGUGGCCGAGCUGCCUGCAGGCAGCGAAGGACAGAAGGCAGACAGGCAGCAUGAGGUACUCGGAACUGGACGACAGCCUGACCAGCCUCAUGUGGCUGCAGGACUUCUCAAUCAUCAACGCCAGCAUGGGCAAGUCCUCCUACUGCCCCAGCGGCCCGGACCCUCACGACUGUCACAGGAUCCCCAGCUUUGCCGCCCCGUGCUCGCCCCUGGCCGCCGACCCGGCGUGCAUGGGCAUGCCCCACACUCCCUGCAAGCCCAUCUCCUCUUCCACCUCGAGGACGGCACACCACUCCGUGGCCAUGCACCCUCAGCUCACUGAGGACAUCGACUACAAGACCAACCCGCACAUCAAGCCGCCUUAUUCCUACGCCACCCUCAUCUGCAUGGCGAUGGAAGCCAGCAAGAAGCCCAAAAUCACCCUCGCCGCCAUCUACAAGUGGAUUACCGACAACUUCUGCUACUUCCGACAUGCUGAUCCCACCUGGCAGAACUCUAUCCGGCACAACCUCUCCUUGAACAAGUGCUUCAUCAAGGUGCCCCGGGAGAAGGGUGAGCCAGGGAAAGGUGGGUUUUGGAAGCUUGACCCCCAAUACGCCGACCGUCUCAAGAAUGGUGCCUUCAAAAAGCGGAAGAUGCCCCCAGUGCAGAUCCACCCGGCCUUCACCAAAACAGCCCAGCAAGAAGCACGGUGUGUCACCAGCCCGUCCUCUUUGGCUUGUACCUCCAAUAACAUCCUCAACGUCAACACAGAGUCACAGCAGCUGCUGAAAGAGUUUGAAGAAGUCACCAGUGACCAGAACUGGAAUCCAGUGGAUGGCAAAGCAGGGCAGAAGCGCAAGCAGCCCUCACCCAACCGAACGGCCAAGGUGUCUCGGCUUUCCAACUCUGCCUUGCUGACCCAGGAAGAGCAGACCGAGCUGGGAUCGCUGAAAGGUGACUUUGACUGGGAAGCCAUCUUCAACACCAACCUGAACGGAGACUUCUCCACUUUUGAGGAUCUGGAGCUCACGCCUCCCAUCAGCCCCGUGACACGUGACCUGGACUUGACAGUACACGGGCACCACAUCGACUGUCCCCAGGAGCAGGAGCAGGUCCUCUCUGAAUCCAACCAGAACAACCUGGACUUUGACGAAACCCUCAUGGCCACUUCUUUCCUGCAGCAUGCCUGGGACGAAGGCACAAACGAUUACCUCUCCAACUCCGUCAACGUGGAGCAGUUGUUUGAACUCAAUGACGCCUCUUUGCCAGCAGACAUGAGCGACUGGGGCAGUUUGGCGUCACUCUUAUAAGAUGCCAGUCACCAUUCAAAGGCCACACAGACUUUAGUAGGAUGCUCCCCCCCAUGCUGCUUGGACUUACAAGGGACUUACAAGAUUUUCUAGAGACAGAGACAUCCACAGCGACUUUUGCCGGCUUCAUCGUAAGAUUAUUCACAGAAACACUGGGGGGAGAAAAAAACACCACCACAGGCACUGCUUGAUAUAUCAUUAGAGGAUACAUCAGAAUUCCAUGAGUUUCCUUAUGAGAAGAAAUAUAACACUACUUAUUUUUUUACUUUUAAAGGAAGAAAUGUGAACUAUCAUAAUUUUUUUUUUCCAUGGAAAUGGACAUGGCAUAUGUUCUUUCAGGGCUAAAGGAGAGCACCUGCUAAAUCCCAUCCAAGACAUCAGAUUCCUGGUGGCUUAGGACUCGAUAGACUAAGUGCAAUUUCCUCACCCCUUCGUCUCUCCAUUUCUCUCUCUCUCUUUCCUUGUUCUGUCUAGGUUAGUUGGUAGGCAUAGUGUGAUAAUUAGCUAGCAAGCAAAUAGAGGUCCCUUCUGGAUUCUCUGAGUUCAACCUCCCUCCUGACUUGUGCCUAGGGAUGAAGAAAAGGUUUAUAAAUUCAGCAUCUGCCUCUUUAGAUGUUUUUAUAUAAUCUAUUAUAUAUGAUAUAUUCAAAGAAACCUAUAUUUUUAGCACUAGAAUUUCUUAAUAGUGGGGGGAUAGGGGAAAUGCAGUUUGGGAGUUGUUUUAUAUUUUCACUGUUUAAAGGCUUGUGUUCAUUGUUCUGUAAACCAAGACCACGCGAGGGAGUAUUCCUGCAGCAGCAGCAACAGGUUUCGUUAAGGAUCCAGGAACUGGCCCUGGCAGAAGAGGAGCAGCAGGGACCAGGGCACUCUCAGAACUGGCUUUUGUAUUUUUUUUGUACUCAGAAUCCUCAUUGCAGUUGCCGAAGGGUCUAGACCACCAUAAACCCUCUCUGUCUUUCACCAGCUGACAUAGUCCUUCUCUGUUUUGUUUUGUUUUGUUUUCUUUUGGUCUGAGGCUGUUGCUCUCUACUUCUUUUGCUCAUCCAUCAGGCUCCAAGUGGCUGCCAGGGCAACCCUGAUUAAAGAUGUGAUUUUGGAGAGGAAAACACUGUGGCAUGGCCAUGAGCUGGUGGCGAUCAGGUCACUCCACGUCGAAUGCUCCCAGGUGGGACUGAGGAAGAAAGAAAUCCACAUUCAGGCUCCAUCCAGGAGCUCAAGCCAAAGACUAUACGCGCAACAGGCUCGGGGGACAGCAGCGGAGAAGGAGUCCCAUCCAGCCAGGAGCAGCUCGUUAGCCAGGAGAGCCACCAGCACUGACAGAAACUGAAGCUUUGGCCCUUUGGCUCAGUACGUAGCGAGAGCGUGGCAGGAUCUCUGCAAAGUAGCCCAGAAACGUUUCAGGAGCGGGGCCAAACUCUGCCGAAACUUGACUUGAAGCUCUCAAGAUCUGGAUUCUUCACCUCUCCUUCGCUGUAGGUUAUUAGAGAUAGAGUAGCCAUUAGGUAGGAGUAAGUAGAAGCUGUAACUUUAGUGGUGUGUCUUAGACUUGCCGAAAAAUGGAAGAUUGUAAAGAGUUUCUUUUUUGGUUACAAAAGCACUUAGGACUUUUAAUGUGAGCAAUAUAAUUUAGCGAGAGUAUAGUUGUAGUGUAAGAAUCAAUAAACAAGCCUUUAAAAAGAAUAAUAUCAAUUACCCAUGGAGUAAUUUGCACCCAAAUUUGGUGAGAGGGUUGGAGCUGUGGAGGUGGGAGCACAAGUCCCGCAUUUCCCCAGUAAAGCAUGGGGCAGGCUGAGAACCAACAUCUUCAGCUCAUGCAAGCAGCAGAGCUGGGGCCACUGCUUUGCCCAGGUGCCAGCGUCUGAAGUCCCCUGGGCUGUCACCGCAUGGCUGGGGCUGGUGUCCCAGGGCCAGGGAGCGAGGGCCAUGUCUCUGGGGAGCUUUGGGGAUCAACCUAGAUGUUUAUAACUGUAUUGCUGAUGCCUCUUUUUAUUUGUUGUUUUUGUUAUAUUUUCCUGUUUGGGGGCCUCUACACUGAUGCUGAAGAACU